AUUAUUUAUUAACUUAUUACUAUUAUUUUCCUUUUUUUUUUCCAAAAAAAUUUUGUUUAGAUUUUCCAUCUGAGCUCCGAGCUUCAGCCCUUGCCCAUUGGGUACGCUAUAGGAUCUUAAGAUCACGUGCUCUUUCAUCCUGAUUCGUGACGAAGCUUUAGCUCCGGCAGGGAUCAGGUUUGGCGCGGCACUGAUUGGAAGGUCUUGAUUCAUGUGAAUUGCUUUCCGUUACUGCAAUGUCUGGCCCGCUGGAUCGUUUCGCCAGACCUUGCUUCGAGGGAUUCUCUGGAAGUGAUGAAAGACGGGAUAGGAGAUCUGAUUUUGAGAACUCUGAGGACGAAAGACGGACAAGAAUUGGUUCUCUCAAAAAGAAAGCAAUUAAUGCAUCUACCAAAUUCAAGCAUACUCUCAAGAAAAAGAGUGGGAAGAGAAAAAGUGAUGGCCGGGUUAGUUCGGUUUCUAUUGAGGAUGUUCGGGAUGUUGAGGAGCUAAAGGCUGUUGAGGCCUUCAGACAAUCACUGAUUAUGGAUGAGUUGCUCCCAGAAAAACAUGAUGAUUACCAUAUGAUGUUGAGGUUCCUAAAAGCAAGGAAAUUUGAUGUUGAAAAAGCAAAGCACAUGUGGGCUGAUAUGCUCAAAUGGAGGAAAGAUUUUGGUGCUGACACUAUCUUGGAGGAUUUUGAGUACAAGGAGUUGAAUGAUGUUCUGGAUUAUUACCCUCAUGGUCAUCAUGGUGUUGAUAAGGAGGGAAGGCCGGUUUAUAUUGAAAGACUUGGAAGGGUUGAUCCAAACAAACUUAUGCAAGUGACAACUUUGGAGAGAUAUGUAAAGUACCAUGUACAAGAGUUUGAGAAAAUUUUUGCAAUUAAGUUUCCUGCCUGCGCCAUUGCUGCCAAGAGGCACAUAGAUUCUAGCACCACAAUCUUGGAUGUUCAAGGCGUGGGUCUGAAGAACUUUACAAAGUCUGCCCGGGAACUCAUUAUGCGAUUGCAAAAGAUUGAUGGAGACAAUUACCCUGAGACUCUCUGCCAAAUGUUUAUUAUAAAUGCUGGCCCUGGAUUCAGGCUACUGUGGAACACAGUCAAAACUUUUAUUGAUCCCAAAACGACUUCUAAGAUUCAUGUUCUUGGAAACAAGUACCAGGGCAAAUUGCUUGAUAUAAUUGUUGCCAGUGAGUUGCCAGAGUUUCUUGGAGGCACCUGCACAUGUGCAGAUCUGGGAGGUUGCCUUAGAUCUGACAAAGGGCCUUGGAAGAAUCCUGAAAUAUUGAAGAUGGUUCUCAAGGGUGGAGCACGGCGGGCUAGGCAGGUGGUAAAAGUUCUAAACAGUGAAGGGAAGGUUAUUGCAUUUGCAAAACCUAGAUAUCCAAUGGUUGAACAGGUAAAAGGCAGUGAUACAUCUGCCGAAUCAGGGUCUGAAGCAGAAGAUAUUGCUUCUCCUGAUGCAAUGAAGAGUUACUCACAUCUUAGGUUGACCCCUGUUCGUGAGGAAGCUAAGGUAGUUGCAGAGACAAGCUAUGCUGGUAGCUUAUCAGCAUAUGAUGAGUAUGUUCCAAUGGUGGACAAAUCUGUUGAUGCUAGCUGGAAGAAGCAACCAUCUCCACAGAUGUCUUGUACUUCUGAAGGGCUGCCCCCCCUUGCUGACAUUCAGACCACUCCAGAUGGGAUUCGAACACGAAUUUGGGUCGCCUUGACUCUUUUCUUCUUGACCCUUCUCACUUUCUUCCAAUCAGUUGCACGUCGUGUGGCCAACAAACUUCCUACAAUAUUAGCCAACGAUGGUCAGAGUACUUCUGAACCAACGCUUGAUGCAACAAACAGGGACUGUCAUCUUUCUUCACCGCCUUCAGCAGCACAUACAGAAGAAGCAGACCAACUUUCCUUCAUGCUAAAGAAGUUGGGUGAGCUUGAAGAGAAGGUUGACACCCUUCAAUCUAAGCCAUCUGAGAUGCCUAAUGAGAAAGAGGAAUUGUUGAAUGCUGCUGUCUGUCGCGUGGAUGCUUUAGAAGCAGAGUUGAUUGCUACAAAAAAGGCUCUCCAUGAAGCCUUAAUAAAGCAAGAAGAACUGCUUGCCUGCAUCGAUCGUCAAGCAGCAGCAAAGUCACGGAAAAAGAAGUUUUGCUGGUGAAUGUUGCUGCUACGAGAGAGACUACCCGGAGGAGGAUUUGUUUCUAAAGUCACGGUGUUUAUAAUGCUGAUGAAAAUGUGAUUUUUUUGGAGUUACUUAAACGCUACUUGUGACUUACCCGCUGUCCUAAGAUGCCGUUUGAUAUAUGUUCAACUUUUUUUGGAUCUUUCAAAAUUCGUUUAUAAGACAUUUGGGCUCGAUAUAUGUAAAAGGAUAAUUUUUCAAAUUAUUAUUUAGGAUAUAUAACAUAAAUUUCAAUUGUUUCUGAUGUUA